AUGGGCAGAAGUAGCAACGCCAACGCACACACUUCACGGCGACAGGUGAUACGGACCCUUCUAGCUACAAAAAAAAUCUUACUACUGGUGCUGCUGACAGACCUGGGCGAUUCGUAUGCGAUAGAAAGUGCAUGGGGAGAAAGGAUGCCAGAGUUGCGUAGUGGAGUCCGGCAAUCUCGGUUGAGGGCGAAGAAGGUUGAGGAUCUUGUGGCUCAGGACCCUACCGACAACUUGGUUGUGGCAGCACCUACGGUGGCAGGAAGGCGUGGUAGAGGAAGGGGUGGGAGGGGUGGAGGGAGAGGAGCAGCACGGGGAAGGGGAGGAAGAGGAAGAGGUGUUCCAGUGAUUGACUUAGAUCCUGACCAGCCUUGUGAGGUUCUUCCAGGAGCUGGUGUUGGUGGCCGCGCUGCAGGUGGGGCACAGCCCAUUCAAGACUUUGCUGAUAAGGUUGUGAAGAUGGAUGGUGGGAGUGCUGAGAAGAUUGCUGCAGGUGAAGAUGAAGGGACUACAUCUCCAGUCCCAGAGAAGGUUCAAGUAGGCCAUUCUCCGCAGUACAAGGUUGAGCGCAAGUUGGGAAAAGGUGGUUUUGGGCAAGUAUAUGUUGGCAGAAGGAUUUCUGGGGGAACAGAGCGCACUGGACCUGAUGCUUAUGAGGUUGCUUUAAAAUUUGAGCACCGAAACAGUAAGGGCUGCAAUUAUGGCCCUCCAUAUGAGUGGCAAGUUUAUAGUGCUCUGAACGGGUGUUAUGGUGUACCAUGGGUUCAUUACAAAGGUCGGCAAGGAGAUUACUAUGUUCUGGUGAUGGAUAUUCUAGGGCCCAGCCUUUGGGAUGUCUGGAAUUCAUUUGGGCAGACGAUGACAGCUAAUAUGGUUGCUUGCAUUGCUGUAGAGGCAAUUUCUAUACUUGAGAAACUUCAUGCAAAAGGGUUUGUUCAUGGAGAUGUUAAACCCGAGAAUUUUCUACUUGGUCAGCCUGGAUCCCCUGACGAGAAAAAACUUUUUCUGAUUGAUCUUGGGUUAGCAUCUAGAUGGAAGGAAGCAGGGUCAUCUGGACAACAUGUUGAAUAUGAUCAGAAACCAGAUAUUUUCAGAGGUACAAUAAGAUACGCUAGUGUCCAUGCGCAUUUAGGACGUACUGGUAGCAGAAGGGAUGAUCUGGAAUCAUUAGCAUAUACAUUGAUAUUUCUUCUUAGAGGAAGGUUGCCGUGGCAAGGUUAUCAGGGUGAGAACAAGAGUUUUCUUGUUAGCAAGAAGAAAAUGGCUACCUCUCCAGAUCUAUUAUGCUGUUUUUGCCCACCUCCAUUCAAACUCUUCCUGGAGACUGUGACAAACAUGAAAUUUGAUGAAGAACCAAAUUACUCAAAACUUAUUUCCCUUUUCGAUGAAUUGAUUGAGCCCCAGCAUUUGAGACCUAUUAGAAUUGAUGGUGCAUUGAAGGCUGGACAAAAGCGUGGAAGAUUGCUUGUAAAUCUAGAAGAAGAUGAGCAACCGAAGAAGAAAGUUCGACUUGGAAGCCCAGCAAAUCAGUGGAUUUCGGUUUAUAAUGCUAGAAGGCCCAUGAAGCAGAGAUACCAUUACAAUGUAGCAGAUGCCAGACUUCAUCAACACGUGGAGAAGGGUAAUGAAGAUGGAUUGUUCAUUAGUUCGGUAGCAUCUUCAGCAAAUCUUUGGGCCCUCAUUAUGGAUGCAGGGACUGGUUUCACAUCCCAAGUAUAUGAACUGUCACCCAUAUUCCUUCAUAAGGAUUGGAUUAUGGAGCAGUGGGAAAAUAACUACUACAUCAGUGCCAUAGCUGGUGCAACGAACGGGAGUUCCUUGGUGGUCAUGUCAAAAGGAACUCCUUACACUCAGCAGUCUUACAAAGUUAGUGAAUCAUUCCCCUACAAGUGGAUCAACAAGAAAUGGAAAGAAGGUUUUCAUGUUACAUCAAUGACAACUGCAGGAAGCCGCUGGGGUGUAGUUAUGUCAAGGAACUCUGGAUACUCUGAACAGGUAGUGGAAUUGGAUUUUCUUUAUCCUAGUGAAGGUAUUCACCGACGAUGGGAGAACGGAUAUAGAAUAACUUCUACAGCAGCCACUGGUGAUCAAGCUGCUUUCAUAUUGAGUAUACCUAAAAGAAAGUUAAUGGACGAGACACAAGAAACUCUUAGAACGUCUGCUUUUCCAAGCAACCAUGUGAAGGUAAACUGGUCAAGGAAUCACCUCACAAUGGCCAUUGUAGGAGCUCAAGAAAGAACCGAGAGGAAGGUGGAAAGCAAGCAGCCAAUAAGCAGACGAGGAGGAUGUGAUCUGGCUAGUGGCGGGUGCAGACGCUAA